AUGGAUGGUGACCUGAGACUGGUGGGAGGAGAGGCAGAAUAUGAGGGUAGAGUGGAGAUCUGUGUCUCUGGGGUGUGGGGCACUGUGUGUGAUGACCACUGGGACAAACAUGAGGCUCAAGUCGUAUGCAACCAACUGGGACUCAAUUACACCAUUGCAAUAUCGGUGGGAGAGGCCUACUAUGGCAGGGGGUCAGGACCAAUCCUCCUGAAUUAUGUGGCCUGCUCUGGGAGUGAAGAGAGACUGACGGACUGUGACCAAACUUUGUUCUCAAUACCUGACUGUGAUCACUGGAAAGAUGCAGGGGUUUCCUGUCUGCCUGAACAAGAAAGAGCUCAUUGCAUGGAUGGAGACCUGAGACUGGUGGGAGGAGAGGCAGAAUAUGAGGGUAGAGUGGAGAUCUGUGUCUCUGGGGUGUGGGGCACUGUGUGUGAUGACCACUGGGACAAACAUGAGGCUCAAGUCGUAUGCAACCAACUGGGACUCUAUGACACCAGUGUGAUAAUGCACUUCAGUUCAGCCAAUGCGAUACCGAUAUUGGGACAAUUUGGGUAUGGAGAGGCAUACCAUAUGUCCUGCACUGGAGGUGAACCAAAUCUCUUUGACUGCACCCUUUUACCCUUUGAUGUCUACUGUUCUUAUGCUGGGGUCCUCUGUCCAUCUCCAAAUCCUGUAUGUCAGAACGGUGCAGUUCGCCUGGUAAAUGGCAGAUUUCCUAGUGAGGGUCGGGUUGAAGUUUGUUACAAUGGCCACUGGGGGACACUUUGUGAUGAUUCUUGGGGACCGCCUGAGGCACAGGUUGUCUGCCGUCAACUGGGCUACCCCACUGAA